AUGUCGGCAUACCGUGGUAGUUUUAUCCCAACUAGUUACAACUUGCCACCGCCUCCUCCGCCCUCUUCGCGACUUUCCUCUCGGGGUAAAUCGUUUGUAAGAGGGGGAGGACGCGGUCGCGGAAAGUUUCAAUACGGACCGACAAACCUCCAAACGUCGCGACCCGUCACUACCACCUACGACUGUAACCAAAAACAAACACCCUCAACUCAAGCAACCUCGUCUGUGUACUCAAACCCUGAAUGUGAAAAGGUCGCUCAAGCUGCGCUUGCUGCAACGUCAUCCCUCCUCUACAAAAAUAAUGCAAACGUAGUUGAUAAUAGGAGUUCAAGUGCUAAUGGCCCUCCAAGGUGCGAAGCUUGUAGAACCACGUUUGGCUCGGAGGAACUACUUCGUAUACACGUCGAACGUCACAGAAAAUGCCCACAAUGUGAUUUCAGAGCCACGUUAAGUAAUAUCAGGGAACAUCAAUUUGACGCUCACGGGGUCGGACGCGUUUUUAAAGAUAAUAAUGAAGCGUGGGUAGAAAUGUUUGUGCAUGCCGUAGCUCUCAAACCCAAGAUGAAUUUUAUGCUUGACACUCCGGAGGCCAUCGCGAUAUGGAUUGAAGAGAGAAAGAAAAGGUAUCCGACUGAUGCUAAUAUUGCAAAAAAGAAACUAGCCGAGGUCAAACGAAUCGCUCGCGGUGAAGUUAUAGAUGGUGAUUGGAGACAAAGUGGUGGUCACAAGUCCAAGAAGAACACGACCAAUGACGGAGUGAUCAUCAUUAACGGGAAAAGAUUUGAUGGCACACGCAACAUAUUUUCGGAUCUUUCGGUCGCUGCCGAUAGGGAUACUGACACGAGAGAAGGUUCUAGUUCGAGAUCGCCUGCGGGAAAUCGUAGCGAACGUUUGUACAACAAGAUUUGCAUCAAAUAUCUGCCAGGUCACUGUCCAAGGGGAAAGAAUUGCGGGAACCGACAUGAGGGAUCAAUGAUUUGCCCCCCACUUUAUCGUGCACCUGAUUCACAAAGGGUUCGCUCGAAAAAUCUACGUGAUAUGUUACUGCACAGCGAGAGAGCCCGAGAGAAAAACUCAAUCCUGCAAUCCCUCAGAUAUAUUUUGGAAAAUGACUUUUUUGAUGUCAUCUCGGAAAAAACAUUGAAUGCUGCAAAGAAGAGGGGAAAAUCGGCUAUAACAGAAAUCAGGAGAUGA